CGAGGCCAGUGUGGAUCAAAACACGGACACGUGAUGGGAGGUGGGGCUGAUUUAGAGCGACACUGAGCGGCUUCACGCUCACACAUCCUCUGCUGACGAAACCGUCCACGGAACGAGCAGCACAGAACCAUGUCAGGUCCGAGGCCCGUCGUCCUGAGCGGCCCCUCUGGAGUGGGGAAGAGCACGCUGAUGAAGAGGCUGAUGAAGGAUUAUGAAGGCGUCUUCGGCUUCAGCGUGUCACACACAACGAGGAACCCUCGACCCGGAGAGGAAGACGGCAAAGGGCUGAACAGGCUCCCUAUGCUUCUGGGGGCUACUUUACUGCCUGUAGCAGACAUCUUAUCCUCGGAAGACUUAGUAUUGUCAGCCUCAGUUUCGUGUCGAAAUGAAUCAGAAACCACAGAUCAAGACUACCACUUCACAACAAAAGAAGCCAUGCAGGAGGGCAUCGACAACAACGAAUUCAUAGAGAACGCAGAGUUUUCUGGCAACAUGUAUGGAACAAGUAAAGCUGCCAUAGAAGAUGUGCAGGCAAAGAACCUAAUCUGCAUCCUAGAUGUGGACAUCCAGGGGGUGAAGAGGAUUAAAGAGACAGACCUGAACCCCAUCUACAUCUUCAUCCAGCCUCCAUCCAUGGAGAUCCUGGAAAAGCGUCUCAGGGACAGGCAGACGGAGACAGAAGAGAAUAUACAGAAACGUCUAGAAGCUGCACGGGUUGACAUGGAGCUCAGUAAGGAGCCUGGAGUGUUUGAUAUCGUUAUCGUCAAUGAUGACAUAGAAAGAGCCUACGAGGAGCUGAAAGACAUUCUCAUUGAAGAAAUCACGAAGGUUCAAGAGACCAAAUCAUAGGAAGGAAAACAGAAACUGUUACUGCUGCUGGACGGACAAAAAGAACAUUUUCACUGACCGCAGACACCUGAAAUAAAGCGGCCUCGGAGGAAAAGUCAUUUGUUGUGUAAAGGGGGACUUCAAAGAACUGGGGAGAGAGAAAGAGGCCUCGUCUUAGCUUUAGUCCAACUAGCGGUUGAUAUGUAGGAAACCAUAAUCCACAUGUUUCUGACAGCGGGGUCAGCAACAUGCAGAGGAAAAGCAGCAGCACCUCCAGGGCUGCAUUUACACAGGUCACAACUGUACAUGGUGCAGCCUGCAAAAAGGUUCGUUAUUAGAACAACUAAGCUUUCAAUAAUCACCAUAACCAUUAAUAACACAUUUAUACUCGUGUAUUAUUUAAAGAUGAUGACAUGAAAAGACGCUGCAUUAUGUCAGUAAAACCUUUACUGUAUGUCUGUGAAUAAAGAAUAUGUGGACCG